AUGGUCCAAUCUACAACCUCAAACCCAGCUCUGACAGGGUUUCGAGCUCCAACCCUCAUCCAACCACUGCAUAAUAGCAUCCCUCCCGAGCUUGUCCCACGCUAUGACCCCGUAUAUGUGGCAUACUACAACGCCUUCAAUGCAGGACGACUGCAUACACACGAGGUACCGAUAGAGGAGUUUCGCAAGAACCCUGCCCGAUACACCAUCGCAUAUGGCCGAGCUCCUGGGCCCGAGGUCUUCCGUGUCACAGAGCAAAAAUGCCCAGUCAAUGGCGGAGAGAUCACUGUUCGGAUAUUUGAACCCGCGCCUCAACAGGACGAGCAGGGUCAGCCGAAGAAGAGGGCUGCCUAUGUCAAUUUCCACGGAGGUGGUUGGGUCUUUGGCGGCUUAAAUUACGAUCACAGUUUCUGCAAGCGGCUGGUCCAUAAGCUGGAAGGUAAUUUAGUCGCAUUUGACGUGGACUAUCGAUUAGCGCCAGAGCACAAGUUCCCAAUCCCAGUUGACGACAGCUGGACUGCAUUUAAUUGGAUUCGCUCCAAGGCUGCUGAAUUCAACCUCGACCUAGAUCGAUUUGCAGUGGGAGGAGUCUCAGCCGGAGGUCAUAUUUCAGCUGUUAUCAGCCAUCUCUGUCGCGAUGCGAACAUCCCCCUGCGACUGCAACUCCUGACUGUACCGGCUACAGACCUGCACAGUGUCUUCACUCCACACGGUGAUUUUGACCGAGAGAAUUGUCCCUAUGAGUCCUACCGAGAGAUGGAAUUUGCGCCAGCUUUACCCGCUGCACGCAUGGCUUACUUCCACCGAUCCUUCUUAGGAGUUCCUCGACCGGCGCAGUCUGAUGAGGAUUGGAAAAUAUCCCCCAUUCGAGCCCCCAAUUUCCAAGGCCUGGCCCCUGCUUUGGUGUUUACAGCGGAAUUAGAUCCUCUGCGCGACGAAGGCGAGGCAUAUGCGGCCAAGCUUCAAGCUGCCGGAGUUGCUGUAGAAGUGAUUCGGGUUGCAGGUGCCCCUCAUGUGUUUGCAUCGCUGGAUGGAAUUCUGGAAGGCGGACGAGAAUAUAACAAGAAGGUGGUUGCGACAUUGCGGGAACAAUUGGGGGAACAAUUGAAGGGAUGA